GCGAGGCGCCGGGACCAUGGGCUGGGGGAGCCGCUGCUGCUGCCCGGGACGUUUGGACCUGCUGUGCGUGCUGGCGCUGCUCGGGGGCUGCCUGCUCCCCGUGUGCCGGACGCGCGUCUACACAAACCACUGGGCAGUCAAAAUCGCCGGGGGCUUCCCGGAGGCCAACCGUAUCGCCAGCAAGUACGGAUUCAUCAACAUAGGACAGAUAGGGGCCCUGAAGGACUACUACCACUUCUACCAUAGCAGGACGAUUAAAAGGUCAGUUAUUUCGAGCAGAGGGACCCACAGUUUCAUUUCAAUGGAACCAAAGGUGGAAUGGAUCCAACAGCAAGUGGUAAAAAAGCGGACAAAGAGGGAUUAUGACUUCAGUCGUGCCCAGUCUACCUAUUUCAAUGAUCCCAAGUGGCCCAGCAUGUGGUAUAUGCACUGCAGUGACAAUACGCAUCCCUGCCAGUCUGACAUGAAUAUCGAAGGAGCCUGGAAGAGAGGCUACACGGGAAAGAACAUUGUGGUCACUAUUCUGGAUGACGGAAUUGAGAGAACCCAUCCAGAUCUGAUGCAAAACUACGAUGCUCUGGCAAGUUGCGACGUGAAUGGGAAUGACUUGGACCCAAUGCCUCGUUAUGAUGCAAGCAACGAGAACAAGCACGGAACUCGCUGUGCUGGAGAAGUGGCAGCCGCUGCAAACAAUUCGCACUGCACGGUCGGAAUUGCUUUCAACGCCAAGAUCGGAGGAGUGCGAAUGCUGGACGGAGAUGUCACCGACAUGGUUGAAGCAAAAUCAGUUAGCUUCAACCCCCAGCACGUGCACAUUUACAGCGCCAGCUGGGGCCCGGAUGAUGAUGGCAAGACUGUGGACGGACCAGCCCCCCUCACCCGGCAAGCCUUUGAAAACGGCGUUAGAAUGGGGCGGAGAGGCCUCGGCUCUGUGUUUGUUUGGGCAUCUGGAAAUGGCGGAAGGAGCAAAGACCACUGCUCCUGUGAUGGCUACACCAACAGCAUCUACACCAUCUCCAUCAGCAGCACUGCAGAAAGCGGAAAGAAACCUUGGUACCUGGAAGAGUGCUCAUCCACGCUGGCCACAACCUACAGCAGCGGGGAGUCCUACGAUAAGAAAAUUAUCACUACAGAUCUGAGGCAGCGUUGCACCGACAACCACACUGGGACGUCGGCCUCAGCCCCCAUGGCUGCAGGCAUCAUUGCACUGGCCCUGGAAGCCAAUCCGUUUCUGACCUGGAGAGACGUACAGCAUGUUAUUGUCAGGACUUCCCGUGCGGGACAUUUGAACGCUAAUGACUGGAAAACCAAUGCUGCUGGUUUUAAGGUGAGCCAUCUUUAUGGAUUUGGACUGAUGGAUGCAGAAGCCAUGGUGAUGGAGGCAGAGAAGUGGACCACCGUUCCCCGGCAGCACGUGUGUGUGGAGAGCACAGACCGACAAAUCAAAACAAUCCGCCCUAACAGUGCAGUGCGCUCCAUCUACAAAGCUUCGGGCUGCUCGGAUAACCCCAACCGCCAUGUCAACUACCUGGAGCAUGUUGUUGUGCGCAUCACCAUCACCCACCCCAGGAGAGGAGACCUGGCCAUCUACCUGACCUCGCCCUCGGGAACUAGGUCUCAGCUUUUGGCCAACAGGCUAUUUGAUCACUCCAUGGAAGGAUUUAAAAACUGGGAGUUCAUGACCAUUCAUUGCUGGGGAGAAAGAGCUGCUGGUGACUGGGUCCUUGAAGUUUAUGAUACUCCCUCUCAGCUAAGGAACUUUAAGACUCCAGGUAAAUUGAAAGAAUGGUCUUUGGUCCUCUAUGGCACCUCCGUGCAGCCAUAUUCACCAACCAAUGAGUUUCCUAAAGUGGAACGGUUCCGCUAUAGCCGAGUUGAAGACCCCACAGACGACUAUGGCACAGAGGAUUAUGCAGGUCCCUGCGACCCUGAGUGCAGUGAGGUUGGCUGUGAUGGGCCAGGACCAGACCACUGCAAUGACUGUUUGCACUACUACUACAAGCUGAAAAACAAUACCAGGAUCUGUGUCUCCAGCUGCCCCCCUGGCCACUACCACGCCGACAAGAAGCGCUGCAGGAAGUGUGCCCCCAACUGUGAGUCCUGCUUUGGGAGCCAUGGUGACCAGUGCCUGUCCUGCAAAUAUGGAUACUUUCUGAAUGAAGAAACCAACAGCUGUGUUACUCACUGCCCCGAUGGGUCAUAUCAGGAUACCAAGAAAAAUCUUUGCCGGAAAUGCAGUGAAACCUGCAAGACAUGUACUGAAUUCCAUAACUGUACAGAAUGUAGGGAUGGGUUAAGCCUGCAGGGAUCCCGGUGUUCUGUCUCCUGUGAAGACGGACGGUACUUCAACGGCCAGGACUGCCAGCCCUGCCACCGCUUCUGCGCCACUUGUGCUGGGGCAGGAGCUGAUGGGUGCAUUAACUGCACAGAGGGCUACUUCAUGGAGGAUGGGAGAUGCGUGCAGAGCUGUAGUAUCAGCUAUUACUUUGACCACUCUUCAGAGAAUGGAUACAAAUCCUGCAAGAAAUGUGAUACCAGUUGUUUGACGUGCAAUGGCCCAGGAUUCAAGAACUGUACAAGCUGCCCCAGUGGGUAUCUCUUAGACUUAGGAAUGUGUCAAAUGGGAGCCAUUUGCAAGGAUGGAGAAUACGUUGAUGACCAUGGCCACUGCCAGACCUGUGAGGCCUCAUGUGCCAAGUGCCGGGGACCAACCCAGGAAGACUGCACUACCUGCCCCAUGACAAGGAUUCUUGAUGAUGGCCGCUGUGUUUCAAACUGUCCCUCAUGGAAAUUUGAAUUUGAGAAUCAAUGCCAUCCAUGCCACCACACCUGCCACAGAUGCCAAGGAAGCGGCCCUACCCACUGCACCUCCUGUGAAGCAGACAACUAUGGCCGAGAGUACUUCCUACACCAGGGAGAGUGUCGAGAUAGCUGCCCAGAGGGCCACUAUGCCACUGAAGGGAAUACCUGCCUGCCCUGCCCAGACAACUGUGAGCUUUGCCACAGCAUGCACGUUUGCAUAAGAUGCACAAGGGGCUACUUCAUAGCGCCCACCAACCACACGUGCCAGAAGUUGGAGUGUGGACAAGGUGAAGUCCAAGACCCAGACUAUGAAGAAUGUGUACCUUGUGAAGAAGGAUGUCUGGGAUGCAGCUUGGAUGAUCCAGGAACAUGCACAUCUUGCGCUAUGGGGUAUUACAGGUUUGAUCAGCAUUGUUAUAAAACCUGUCCUGAGAAGACCUACAGUGAGGAACUGGAAUGCAAGGCAUGUGAUAGUAACUGUGGCAGCUGUGACCAGAAUGGAUGUUACUGGUGUGAAGAGGGCUUCUUUCUCUUGGGUGGCAGUUGUGUGAGGAAAUGUGGCCCUGGAUUCUAUGGUGACCAAGAAAUGGGAGAAUGUGAGCCCUGCCACCAAGAGUGCGAAACCUGCACAGGCCCUGGUCAUGACGAGUGCAGCAGCUGCCGGGAGGGACUGCAGCCGCUGCGUGGGGUGUGCGUGCGCGCCACCCAGACCCGGGAGGAGGGCAAAUUCUGGAAUGAAGCUGUGCCCAUUGCAAACCUAUCUGUGGUGAAGAGCCUGCUGCAGGAGCGACGAAGGUGGAAAGUUCAAAUCAAAAGAGAUACUUGGGGAAAAUCCCAGCCUUGUCAUUCUUCUUGUAAAACCUGCAAUGGAUCUGCAACUCUGUGCACUUCAUGUCCCAAAGGUGCAUAUCUUCUGGCUCAGGCCUGUGUUACCUCCUGUCCCCAAGGCACAUGGCCUUCCGUAAGGAGCAGGAGCUGCGAGAACUGUACGGAGGCCUGUGCCCUCUGCUCUGGAGCCGAUCUUUGCAAAAAGUGCGGGAUGCAGCUGGGCCACCCUCUCUUCCUCCAUGAAGGCAGGUGCUACUCCAAGUGCCCAGAGGGCUCUUUUGCAGAAGAUGGUGUAUGUGAACGUUGUAGCUCUCCUUGCAGAACAUGUGAAGGAAACACCACCAACUGCCAUUCUUGUGAAGGAGGCCUCGUCCUGCACCACAGAGUGUGCCAGGAAACCUGCCCCGAGAGGCAUGUGGCUGUGGAGGGGGUGUGCAAGCAUUGUCCAGAGAUGUGUCAGGACUGCAUCCACGAGCAAAUAUGCAAAGAGUGCAUGCCUGAGUUCUUCCUGCAUGAUGAUAUGUGCCACCAGUCCUGUCCCCGUGGCUUCUACGCAGACUCGCGCCACUGUGUUCCCUGCCAUAAAGACUGUCUGGAGUGCAGUGGCCCCAAAGUCGACGACUGCGAGCUCUGUCGUGAGAGUUCCUGGGUCCUCUAUGAUGGGCUGUGCUUGGAAGAGUGUCCAGCAAGAACCUAUUAUGAAAAAGAGACUAAGGAGUGCAGAGAUUGUCACAAGUCCUGCUUGACCUGCUCAUCGUCUGGGACCUGCACCGCCUGUCAGAAAGGCCUGAGGAUGAACCCUCAUGGGAGCUGCCAGGCCAACAAGAAAUGUGCCCCCUCCGAGUACUGGGAUGAGGAUGCUCCCGGGUGCAAGCCCUGCCACACUAAGUGCCUCCACUGCACGGGGCCGGCGGAGGACCAGUGUCAAACAUGCCCCAGGGUCAGCCUUCUUCUCAACACAACCUGUGUGAAGGACUGCCCAGAGGGCUAUUAUGCUGAUGAGGACAGCCACCAGUGUGCCCGCUGCCACAGCUCUUGCAGGACAUGUGAAGGGAGACACAGCAGGCAGUGCCACUCCUGCCGACCAGGCUGGUUCCAGCUGGGAAAAGAGUGCCUGCUCCAGUGCAGGGAAGGGUAUUACGCAGACAACUCCACCGGCCGGUGUGAGAGGUGCCACAGGAUCUGCAAGGGGUGCCAGGGCCCACGGCCCACAGACUGCCUGUCUUGCGAUAGAUUUUUCUUUCUGCUCCGCUCCAAAGGAGAGUGUCAUCGCUCCUGCCCAGACCAUUACUAUGUAGAGCAAAGCACACAGACCUGUGAGAGAUGCCAUCCGACUUGUGAUCAAUGCAAAGGAAAAGGAGCGUUGAAUUGCUUAUCCUGUGUGUGGAGUUACCACCUCAUGGGAGGGAUCUGCACCUCGGACUGUCUUGUUGGGGAAUACAGAGUGGGAGAGGGAGAGAAGUUUAACUGUGAAAAAUGCCACGAGAGCUGCAUGGAAUGCAAGGGACCAGGGGCCAAGAACUGCACCUUGUGCCCCGCCAACCUGGUGCUGCACAUGGACGACAGCCGCUGCCUCCACUGCUGCAACACCUCCGAUCCCACCAGUGCCCAGGAGUGCUGUGACUGCCAGGACACCACGGAAGAGUGCAUCCUUCGAACGAGCAAAGUUAGGCCUGCCGCUGAGCACUUCAAGACAGCUCUAUUCAUCACCUCCUCUGUGAUGCUGGCGCUUCUGCUCGGGGCAGCUGUGGUCGUGUGGAAGAAAUCUCGUGGCCGAGUCCAGCCAGCAGCAAAGGCCGGCUAUGAAAAGCUGGCCGACCCCAACAAGUCUUACUCCUCCUAUAAGAGCAGCUAUGGAGAGAGCACCAGCUUUGAAGAGGAUCAGGUGAUUGAGUACAGGGAUCGGGACUAUGAUGAGGAUGAUGAUGAUGACAUCGUCUACAUGGGCCAGGAUGGCACAGUCUACCGGAAAUUUAAGUAUGGGCUGCUGGAUGACAAUGACGAAGAUGAGCUGGAAUACGAUGAUGAGAGUUACUCCUACUACCAGUAAACAGGCACCCCCCCACCACCACCAUUCCACUCUCAGGCAUGCCUGUGAGCAUCACUGUUUUUGGUUUUAUCCCCACACCAGGCUGAUGUGUGAGUGUUUCUAUUUGUCUUCUUUAACCAUGAAUCCAACCAGAAUACGUAAGAAUGAUGAAAUACUUUGUUCUUUUGAGUGGCUAAACUCAAUUAACAGUUCCUGUUCAACCGUAAUUGAAGAGCAAGCAUAAAAUUCAGAGGAAUUUUCCUCAAAAUAAUGUGUCAAGACACAAAAAUGCAGGAAGUGAAAACAAAUGAGAUUUGUACAAACUCUUCUGUGUGAUUGAAAAAAAAAAAGGACAGUAGAUCUACAGAAAUUCUGUUUCCAAGCUGCAUUGUGGAGGUGUCUGCUGCCUCCUGGUGUUCUAACUUUUCUUUAUCUAGUUCUGGGGAUAAUGGAGGUACAAAGGAGUUGUUGGUUUGGUAGUGUUUUUCUCCCCUUUAGCUGUCUUUAGGCAGAGAUUUGUUUUGUACGGGCCAAGAAAAGAGGGCUCUUAUCAGUUGACUCCAGGCCACCCCUGGUGAGCAGAAGAGACCACCUGGGCUGGGCUGCUCAGGACCUACUUGAGAUAAGGGAAGAAAAGAGAAGGUGCAUCAGAGCUGAGGAGCCAUGAGGUCCCCAGGCCCUAGUUCCUCCACAGGAAUCCACAGUCACAACAAUUCUAAUGGCAGAACAAGCCCAGCGAGAAAGAAAUGACUGAGUUUCCAGGAACUGCACUCUCAUGAUUUUCUGGGUACUUUUCGCCUGGGAGUCGCCUGGGAUGUCAUCAGCUAAGACAUCACAUAAUAAAAGAAAAAUGGCAGUGUUAACCUAACAUAAAAUGGAAUAAAAUGACAAACACUUCAUCUACUCUAAAAAAUUCAGAGCUUUCCUUCAUCGACAACCCAUCACAAAACCGUGGGCUCUCCAUAGAAAGAGUUGGAAUAGAGUCUAACGUGG